GGUGUACCAGGGAAUGGCGACUUUCAGUUUGACUAAGCUUAGGUUUUUCGCCUUGAUCAAAACGUUUCGGCCAUCGUAUGCAAAUUUCAGAAACAUCCAUAGUAGUAAUGAUAUUGUGUUUAGGGAGGGCUUAGAGCGGUAUGUAAGUGAACACGAACACGCGCUGGCUGCCUGCCAAAUCUACGGAAAUCACAUCGAAAAGGAGGAGAGGGUGUCGGAGACUUUCGGAGAGACCACAUUCUGGAGAUUUGAUUGGUAUGAAUAUCGUGAUACAACGACGAGAGAAGAAAAAAUUCUUGGAGUGCGAUCUAGGACGGUGUUUGCCCGGGGAUAUGAAGCGAUAAACAAUUACAUUAAAAACGGAGGCAAGUUGCAAAAUUCACAAGAAGCGAUCGCAUUUGCUGCUUUGAAGAGAUUUUGUUUCAAGAGAGAAGAACAUGAAAAGUCUCUGCAGAAAUUAAGUUACAAAACAUCAGAAGCGCAUGUUGCAUCGAUUGUGUCGCAUCAUCUUUUAUCCCAGAUGCUUCCCUACCCAUCCAACUACUUUGUGGACAGUUAUUACACCAAUGGUAAAUCAGAAGUCUACUGUCCCUGUGGGUGUGGGGAGCCUAUAAACUUUGGCAGUACACUGACUGGUAGUCCUAAUCUUUUCUAUGGUUUUGCUGAUGCUGUUCUUCUACCUUCAAAAAGAAAUCAAUAUACGGAUACAGAAUACAGUACAUCAGCUGUUUUCUCUGUGAAAAAGAAGACUGAUGAAAUGUAUAGACACAGACUGGCAUACCAAGACUUGAUGUAUCCCAGUUCAGACUCAAAUGAAGAGGAUGGUAUUUCAAGUGAAGAGCACAUAUCAGAAACAAAUAUUUGUGAUGAGACACUGCUGUGUAAACAAGCAAUUGCUGUGUCCUUCUGCAAGUACCGGAAUUUCCUCAACAAUGACAACAGGAGAAAUGAUUUAAGCAACUUUGUUCCUGCAGUGCCAGUUUGUGCCAUAACAAAUGAUGCCUAUCAGUUUGCCGUGUAUCACCCUGAACUUGAUUGUCUCUUGAAAAGCACAAAACCACUGAGACUGUUUGAUGAGGAUUACCAUUACCUUAAGUUUUCAGCCAUUGUUGACUUGUGGUUAAUGAUAUAUCACAGUUUGUAUUUUAGCCAGCCAAGUCCACACAUUGCAGAUAAGCUAAGAGGAACAGCAAAUCUUAUUCCUCAACUUGGGGAAAAAAGGUUUGAAAAUGUUGUCAGAAGUUCUCACUGGUUGUUCUUGCCCCAUCUUUGUCAGAAUCCUUUUUCUAGGGUUCCAAAACUACGGUUUUAUGAUUGAUCUGAUGUAUUUGUAAUUUGCUGUAUGUGCCCCCAAAACGUAAGUGCGGUGUAUUUUUUAUUGUCAUUUGUCAUAUGAUCAAUUCAAAUAUAUAAUGCUUACGUAAUGGCGUAUGCACGAGAAUGUUUUAAUGAUCUGAAAUCUCCGGUAAAGUUCGCACAUGUAUAUGUUUGGCGUACCAUAAGCGUAAUCUCAUCAGUUGUCAAUUGUUAUUCAAGAUUGUAUGUGGAUCUAGCCUUAGUGUGUGAUUUGUGCUUUAAGUUUAUUUGCUAUUACAUGUAUAUUUCAGUUUCCACCCUCGGUGAGAGAGGUCUGUGAGCUGUUUUAUUUGGCCAAUAAAUACAUUUCCGAAUA